UUUGUCUUGCUGCUGUUUGUUCUGCAUCUACUUUAACUCAUUCUUGUUUCACCAGAUAAAGCUAGCGUUUGCUUUAACAGCAGUUAAAGUUAUGUUUCAUACUGCUGAAUCCAUCUGGACUGGGCUCAGUCCUGUCGGCAGGGGCAUGCAGGUAGGCAGCCAGCAGUCUGUGAGACAGAGGAGCCAGUCAUGGGAUGACAGCCAGGCUGGACCAAGCCAGAUCCGAGCUGGCUCUCUGUUGAGUGUCUGACGUGGACCUUUAAGCAUUCUGCUGACGCAGCAUACUCCAUUCAAAAUCGAACAGCCUGGAGGCUCUGUUCCCCUGCCUGUAUAGACACACACAGGCCAUCCGGGUACUUUUGGGGGGUACAGCUAACUGGCAAGCAUCCCUGCAGUCUGCCUUAUAAAUUACUGGCAUGAUUUGAGACAGACAAGUAUGCCACAACUGGGUCAUGACUGGGUAAGACACACACAGAUGCUUUAAAAUAUAUUGGAAAUUUCUGAGCAGGGAUUUAUCUCAGGAGUCAUAAGAAUAUUUAAUCUUCUCUAAGAUAUCUCCUCUGUAGCUUCAUUAAAUAAUAGUGAGUAGUUUCACAGUCUGAACCAAAAGCCUUGGAUUUAUAGAUAAUGGUGCUAUAUCGGUAAAGCUGAGCUGAUUUCUAACCACCUGCAUGGAAAAGAUUGACCUUUUUUUGAAACACUUGGAGAUUAGAGUGUUUUGUUCUUGUGAUACUUUGCCAUAUGGUGCAGUACACUGUGCUGCUCUGGAUGUUUCUGACUACCUGAGGAGGAGGAGAAGCACCUGGUUUGUAAAAGAUAUUCCACUGUUGUGGGUGUGUCCGACUAUUCAAGUGUCAUUGUUAUAAUUUAUUGUUUUAGUGUUUGCUUAUGUGAUUUUGUUUAUAGUUUGCGGGACAGUUUUCCAUGUCAGGUGCUGCUAGAGACGUGCAGAUAAGCUGUGUGAGUCACUACACUAGAUUGCAGACAUUUGAGCUGCACCUUGGCGCUCGUAUUCUCGCUCUUAAUGAAGAUUACCUUGGCAGUGACACACAGUCAGCACAUGUCCUGCAGCACAGAGGCUCACAGAGUUGUGUGAGACUCUAAUUUAACCCUGUGAACACGAGGCUAAUUCUCUUCUGCAACAAUAAUGACAAAAUGUCUACAUCAGCAGCAUUCAGUAACAAUUCCUCUUUAUGUUUAUGUGUGUUUGUUUUCAUCUCAGCCUCGGUGCCUCAGUUCUGUAACUCGCCCACACUGAUUGUGAUGGUGGGGUUGCCGGCCAGGGGGAAGACGUACAUCUCCAAGAAGCUCACUCGCUACCUGAACUGGAUCGGAGUACCUACAAAAAUGUUUAACGUGGGUCAGUACCGCAGGGAGGCUGUCAAGAUCUAUAAGAACUUUGAGUUCUUUAAACCUGAUAAUGAAGAAGCCAUGAGGAUCCGCAAGGCCUGUGCUUCAGCUGCCCUGAAAGACGUCGCUGCCUACUUCUCAAAGGAACAGGGACAAGUAGCCGUAUUUGAUGCCACCAACACCACCAGGGAAAGGAGGGCAGUCAUUCUCAGUUAUGCAAAGGAAAAAGGCUACAAAGUGUUCUUCGUGGAAUCGAUCUGUGAUGACCUAGAAAUCAUUACAGAGAAUAUUAAGCAAGUAAAAUUUGGGAGUCCAGAUUACGUUGAUCGUGACAUUGAUGAGGCCAUGAAAGACUUCAGCCAGCGCAUUGACUGUUACAGGGCGAGCUACAUGCCUAUAGACGAUGAGAGGGACAGGAAGCUCUCCUACAUCAAGAUCUUUGACGUGGGCAGUAGAUACCUGGUGAACCAGGUCCAGGACCACAUCCAAAGCAGAAUAGUCUACUACCUCAUGAACAUCCACGUCACGCCGAGAUCCAUCUACCUGAGCCGCCACGGAGAGAGCGAGCUCAACCUCUUAGGACGCAUUGGUGGAGAUUCAGGCCUCUCCCCUCGAGGACAGAAGUAUGCCAGUGCUUUGGCAACCUUCAUCAGAGCUCAGAACAUUAAAGAUCUGAAGGUUUGGACGAGCCACAUGAAGAGGACCAUCCAGACUGCAGAGGCUCUAGGAGUCCAGUAUGAACAGUGGAAGGCCCUCAAUGAAAUAGACGCUGGUGUUUGCGAGGAGUUAACCUAUGAGGAGAUUCAGGAGAAUUUCCCAGAAGAGUUUGCACUGAGAGACCAGGACAAGUAUCGUUAUCGUUACCCAAAGGGUGAGUCCUAUGAGGACCUUGUCCAUCGUCUCGAGCCGGUCAUCAUGGAGCUGGAGAGGCAGGAAAACGUUCUGGUGAUCUGCCACCAAGCUGUGUUCCGCUGCCUACUGGCCUACUUUCUAGACAAACCUGCAGAUGAGCUGCCUUAUCUGAGAUGCCCCCUCCACACGGUGCUCAAACUCACACCGAUAGCUUACGGCUGUAAAGUUGAGUCAUUUUUCCUCAAUAUUGAAGCAGUCAACACACACAGAGAGAGGCCGGUGAAUGUGGACAUCAACAGGAACCCAGAGGAGGCUCUGCAGACCGUUCCUGACCACGUAUAAAUGCUGUUUCAUGGGAAAAGGGACUACAAUCACAUGGAGCUGGACGUGUUAGCUUCUCUUAAUAUUAAAAAAUGCACUCCAGUGACAGGUUGAAUGUUUGAAAACGGGAGAGAAGCUCUGAGGCAGGAGAUGACGAGAUGUUAGCGACAUGGAAACAUCAAGACAGCAGCACGAGGUUUCCUGCUGCAGUGAGCCGACAGGUUAUAAAGCUCGUACAGGAGAUUUUGUUGGCAACAUCACUGUGAAAUGUCCUGUGUCUUAUCUGACUACACUCAAAGAAAUGAAUGCUAGCUUUACUCAUUUCAAUUACAUAUAUUAAAAAAAAAAUAGAAAAUCCUUUCAGAUGAAACAAUUGAGGUAUUUUAAAAAUAAACCAGAAAAGAGUCAUUUAUGUAAUUAAAUAAAAUAAAACUGAGGUGAAUAAGAAAUGUAUCCAAAUUUAACUGAUAGAAUUUACCCAAUUAGCAGUUAACAAUUACUGUUUAUUAGUUCACUGUAUUCAAAAUUUAAAAAAUAUUUAAUUUUAAUUUGCUUCUUCAGACUUCAUUAACAGUAAAUACAUAAAUAACAUUAACAUAAUUAAUUUAGGUUAAUUAUGUUAGUUGUAAAAAGUAGCAAGUACAACUACAUUUAUAAAGUUCAUGUAAUUACUGUUAAUUAGUUCAGUGAAAAUAAAAUGUGUUUUCAUCCAAUUAUUAAACUUGAAUUUGGUUUUUCAGAAUGCAUUAACAGUAUAUACAUUAAAAACAUAAAUAUGAUUAAUUUAGGUCAGUUGCAUUUGGUAAAAAAAAAAGUAAAAGCACAAAAAUUAUGUGUAAUGUGUGUAAUUAAAACAAAUUGAUUUGCAUUGAUAAAGUUUAUGUAUUAAUGCAUUUGCUGUUAAUGCAUUAUGUUUAUGAAUGUGACAAAGUAAAUUAAAGGUAUAUAAUUUAAAAUGGAUAGAAAAUCAUUUUAAAUACACAGAACUUAUUCAAUAAUAACAUAAUAAUUAAUAAUAUAACAAUAAUAAAAACUAAAUAACAGUAAUUAAAUAAGCUUUGCAAUGUAAAUUUGGUCUUUUAUAGUUAGAUACAUUUCUUUUUAGUCUGUUCGAAUUGGUUUCAUUUGAUUUUAUUAAAUAAAUGGUACUUUUUGGUUUGCAGUAAAUGAAUUGACUUAAUUGGAAAGAGAUUUUCGAUGAAAAUGAAAUGAGUAAACCUGACAAAAUGUCUUGCUUCAUUUUUUUUUAAAGUGUCACACUGUUUACAAAUGAUUUAGAGUUUUUUUAAAAAUGCACUGGUUUGAAGCUGAGAAGACAUUAUGUAAGAUAGAUGUAUGGAGGUUGUCUGAGGCUGUUGCACAGGUAAUGUGUUGUUAAUAAUCUAAUUAUAAAGGUGGGAGUCAGCACCAUGGACAGCACCCAAACAAACAAAACAUGUUGUAGAUGUUGACUGUAAGUUUUGUGAUGCAGAGAAAAUAAAUAAUGUAAAUAAAGUAAACCUCCGAC